CGAAAAUGGGGAGAAGGAAGAAGGCGGCGGCGGGAAGCUCUGAGCCCGAGACAGUCACGCUUCCAAUCUCUGGUAUCACUGAUUCCACUCGCGUUAAUGGUGAUUCAGGUUUUUCCAUCUUUAACGACAACGGAAAUGAACCUUUAAUUGUAUCUCCAUAUCCAGCAUCUUCAGUUCAGAACAGUCCUGUGCAAACUCCACCGGUCACCGAUGAAGCCGGAGAAGUCAACGGAGGUGACGACGGAGAUCACGGAGAAGUUAAUGCUGCAGGUGAUGUUUCUGCUUCUGAGCAAACGAAGCUCGAUGAAGGCUUCUUCGAAGUCGAAUCUAUUCUGCGGAAAAGAGUUAGUAAGGGACAGCUUCAGUACCUCGUCAAAUGGCAUGGCUGGCCAAAGACAGCCAAUACAUGGGAACCCUCGGACAAUCUCCAAUCGUGCUCUGAACUUAUUGAUGAAUUUGAAGAAAGCUCGCGAUCAGGAAAGCAGCGGAAGCGCAAGCGCAAGGUUGGAGGCGUCGAAAAUCAAUAUCGUGAGAAAAAACGGCAUCACAAUUUCGCUACAAAUAAUGUCACGGAUAUAGUUAUUAGUACUGUGGAUGAUUGUCUAUCGGCCGCUCCUUUGAACAUAAAAAUCCGUUGUGAUCUUCCCACUCCUCAAGCACCUAUAGAUGUUGAAAAUGGUCAUAUGGAAGGGACAUUUUAUGGAAGUAGAAAGAGAGACGAUCAUGAUCUGAAACUCAGUGAGCUCAAGGCAGCAAUGUCUGCCAAUAUGGUUGAUUCUGAUAAAAAAGCAGUGGCUUCUAACGAUCUCGUCCUUGUUUAUGAUGUUUCCAAGGUCGAUUGCGUGGUGGGUUUCAAUCAGGAAAGUCACUCCAUUGGAGCCAAGAAAAGGAAAUCUAGUAGGGUGAAAAGGUUCACUAAGGAUGCAGCCUUGUCUGAAGACUCCGAACAAGGAUUAAAAAGAAAUGCAUCGACUCUAAGCAUUGAGCCGACUGAUCGAAACGAAGAAUUGGAACUCGAGAAUCCUAGUUUGUCAGGCCACUCCAGAAAUGUGUCUGAUAUCACAAGGAUUAUCAAGCCUGUUGGCUAUUCAGUUUCAGUAUCAAAUGGCAUUCCAGAUGUGACCGUAACCUUCUUGGUUCUGAGGUGUGAUGGAAAAGAAGUGACCGUGAGUAACAAAUUUCUUAAGACUAACAAUCCACCUCUGUUGAUUAACUUCUAUGAGCAACAUCUCCGAUAUAAUCCAACAUCAUGAAAGAGCUGCAUGUGUUUCUGGCCUCCACCAUCAUCUUCAUGGUUUGCAAGCUGUAAUUUUGUAGCUUUAGGACAUUCAAUGGAAUACAAUAUGAAUUCUUCGUAAUUUUUUCAAGAAAUCUGUUAAGAGGAGAUCAAACCAUUUUCUUGCUCCGUUUUCUUUCUGUAUGAGGACGAAUGGGAAAGUCAUAUUCUUUUUGGAUAUAUUGAAGAUCCAAUAAAAAAUUCUAAGGGCU